UGCUCGGCUCCGCGGCCGCUGCUGCUGCUGCUGCCUGGGGAAAGCUGGAGGAUGAGCUGAACCUCCGCAGUUGUCCCUGCCCCCGGCGCUACCUACAGGUGCUUUGGGUCUGGCCAGAAGCCCCCUUCCCUGCGCCCGCUCCCAGCUCAUUCCCUGGCCCGCUCCGCCUGUCCGGCAGCUACCUGGCCCUGCAGGGAGGCGUCCCGGUAGCCCGUGGUGUGGUGUCUACCUGAAGAACAUUGCAUUUCAAAAGGAAAGAUGCUGUCUCCAAAUGAUAGAAAGUUAGAAAAGCUGGAUCCUUUUUACCGACCUGCAGUGUCCAAGCAGAAGACCAGUGCAGAAAUCAUAAGUGAAGCACGAAAUUCCUUAAGAACUGUUAGGACCCAAAGACCAUUUACACCACGGGAAGACCAGAGAAAGCUAUUUGGACCUGCAUCUUCAAGAACACCAGAAAAUAGACCCCCAUCUUCCUUCAGUGUCCAUGCAUCCAGUUUUGAGUCCUCUGAUUCCAGGCCCAUCUCUGGCACACGUCUCAGUCCACUAGAGCUUAAACCAAAAGCUCCAGCAUCUCCUGCCACAGAGGAGGAUCCCUGCCUUGCCUUUCCAAAACCCCCAGUGGACCCCGCGAAGAUUAGGAGGAUAAGCAGUUCCCGGGCGCGCUUGUUCAGGGCGGCCUCGCAGGGGGCUCUUCUGCCAGACAGGACCUUUCCUCCCGCUCAGCCAAAGAAGAGAAUGGAAUCCAAAGAAACAGUUAUGAUGGCGGACUCUAUGGUGAACAUAAGUGGGAUUUAUUUAACAGAAUCAAAUGCCAUUGGCCACUUGCAGCGUCACCCACUUCAGCUAACGUAUGAUGGAGACUUCGGUGAAAUCAAGGAGCAAGAAGUGCUCAAAGGGGCAGCAUGCUUGCCACCUCAUCUCAGAAGUGGAGGGGACCAGGGGAAGAGGCGUUCAAGGGCCUCCUCGUGCUCCCGCAGCUCAGACCGGAGCAGGCUGGACACCAAAGCAGGCUCAAAAGCCAACGUGCAAGAAAAGGAUUCAGAAAUAGAAGCAGAUGAAGUCUUCUGGAAUACAAGGAUUGUACCGAUUUUGCAUGAAUUAGAAAAAGAAGGAAACAUUGAAACGGUUUGUGCUGCUUGCACACAACUUCAUCACGCUUUAGAGGAAGGAAACAUGCUUGGAAAUAAAUUUAAGAGAAGAAGUGUUCUCCUGAAGACCCUAUAUAAACUAGUUGAUGUUGGCUCAGACUUGUUGAGCCUUAAACUUGCAAAAAUUAUUCUAGCACUUAAAGUGAGCGGAAAGAAUCUUCUUAAUGUCUGCAAGCUUGUAUUUAAAAUUAGCAGGAGUGAGAAGAAUGAUUCUCUGAUUCAAAAUGACAGCAUUCUGGAAUCAUUAUUGGAGGUGCUGAGAAGUGAAGACCUGAAAGCUAACACCGAAGCUUUCUUAUACUGCACGGGGGCAAUCAAAUUCAUUUCUGGAAAUCCAGAAUUUCUUCAUGAAAUGAUUGGCAAAGGUGCUGUCGAAACAUUGAUGAAUUUGAUAAAGCAGAUAAACGAGAACACCAAGAAAUCUGGUACAUGUUUGCCUAAUUCAGGCCACUUGUUAGUCCAAAUGACUGCUACGCUAAGAAACUUGGUUGACUCACCACUAGCAAGAAGUAAAUUGCUAAGCAUCAGUGCCCUUCCCCAGCUCUGUGUGGUGAUGGGACAGUACAUAGGUGAUAAGGAUGUCUGCACCAAUAUUGCCAGAAUAUUCAGCAAACUUACUUCUUACCAUGACUGCUGUGUAGUCUUGGCCAACUACUCAAGAUGUUAUGCCUUGUUUUUGAAUCUGAUAAACAAAUACCAGAAGAAGCAGGAUUUAGUCGUUCGUGUUGUUUUUAUCCUUGGCAACCUGACAGCGAAAAAUAACCAGGCUCGUGAGCAGUUUGCCAAGGAGAAAGGGAGCAUCCCCGCUCUGCUCUCUUUAUUCCGUACCUUCUAUGAAAUGGAUCUGCAUUCCCGGAAGCUCUUGGGGGAAGGAGAUGAGGAGCCCAAGGCCCCGAGGCCGGCCCAGGCGGAGGACGUGCUCAUCAAGCUGACCCGCGUGCUCGCUAACCUGGCCAUCCACCCGGGCGUGGGCGCGGCCAUCGCCGCCCACCCGCACAUCGUGGGCCUGCUCCUCGCCACGCUGGAAUCCAAGUCCAUUGAUGAUUGUGAGGAGCUGGUGAUCAACACUGUGGCCACGAUCAACAACUUAUCUUACUACCAAGUGAAGAAUUCCAUAAUUCAAGACAAAAAGCUAUAUAUUGCUGAAUUGCUCUUAAAGCUCCUUGUGAGUAACAACAUGGAUGGAAUCCUAGAGGCUGUGCGCGUUUUUGGAAAUCUCUCCCAGGACCGUGACGUCUGUGAUUUCAUUGUGCAGAAAAAUGUUCACAAGUUCAUGAUUGCUCUGCUGGAUGCUAGGCAUCAGGAUAUUUGCUUUUCUGCCUGUGGGGUUCUCCUAAAUCUCACCGUGGAUAAAGACAAGCGUGUCAUCCUAAAAGAAGGAGGUGGCAUUACAAAGUUAGUAGAUUGUUUAAGGGAUUUUGGUCCCACUGACUGGCAGCUGGCCUGCUUGGUGUGCAAAACUUUAUGGAACUUCAGUGAACAUAUCACCAAUGCUUCAUCAUGUUUUGGAGAUGAGGCCGCCAACACACUCUUAGUCCUGCUGUCGUCAUUUUUAGAUGAAAAACUAGCACUGAAUGGGAGUUUUGACCAAGAUCUAAAAAACUAUCACAGACUCCAUUGGGAAACAGAAUUCAAACCUGUGGCACAGCAGCUUCUAAACCGAAUUCAGAGUCAUCACACCUUCCUGGAACCUCUGCCUAUUCCUUCCUUCUAACAUGAUGCAGAUUAACAACACAAACAGGAAGUCAGAUCUCCUUCAUUCUUAAGAAGUGGUAACAAACAUGAACUUUUUUUCAGUAUUAACAAAUACUGAAAGUUUUUCAGGUACUGAUUUUAGUGAGUAGUCUUAGUAUUUUAAAAGAAAUAAGCAUUUAUUCUUGUUUAGGUAUUAUGGAAAAAUGAAUAUACAUGUACUUUCUGCUAUGAGAAAUGUAAAAUGAAAAUAUAUGCCUGGCAUUUCUAAGUAAAUAACUUUUUCUUCUAUUCUCUAUUAAAUAAUUUAGUUCUAGUCUUAAA